CUAUUCUGAAUUUUUGAUUGGAUGAUUCGCGGCAGUGACAGCGAAGCAGGCCACGCGCACGUCCAGCUCGGCAGUUUAUUAUCUUUCUCCUUUUUAUCAGAAGUUUCCCCGAUUUUUAAAAUCAUGAGUCAACCAACAGCCUGGAUAUUUUUGUUUUUGCCAUUUAUGUGGCUGAACUUAGAGCCAACUGGAGGCGAGACGCAUUCCCUCACUUACAUCUACACGGCCUUCUCCAAACCUGUCGGACUCCCGGGCAUCCACGAGUUCACAGCCAUGGGUCUGCUGAACGGCAGGAUGAUCGACUACUUUGACAGCGACAACCAGACGAAAGUUCCCAAACAGGCCUGGAUGAAAGAGCGACUGCCUGCAGAUUACUGGGACAAAGGCACCCAGUCCCGCCAGAGCAAGCAGCAGUGGUUCAAAGUCAACAUCGACAUCCUGAAGACACGAAUGAGACAGAAUGACACGGACCUCCAUGUUCUCCAGUGGAGGCACGGCUGCAAAGGCGAAAUGAAGGACGGUGUGGUGAAGUUCACCAGCGGCGUGGACAUGUACAGCUACGACGGAAACGACUUCCUGUCAUUCGACGACGCCAACAGCGUCUGGGUCGCCCCAACUGACGCGGCAGUCGUGACCAAGAGAAAGUGGGACGGAGUCCAGGUCCUAAAAGAAUACACCAAAGGCUACCUGGAGAACGAGUGCAUCGAAUGGUUGGGGAAGUUCAUCGAUUAUGGACAAAAGCAGCUACAAGUAGCCAUUCCUCCGAAGGUGCACCUGUUUACAAGGAACACCAAAGUUGAAGCAAACAUCCUUCUGACGUGCCUGGCCACAGGUUUCUUACCAAAAGACAUCAUCCUACGCAUGAAAAGGAACGGCCGUAUUCUAACUAAAGUGGACGGAGUUGUGACCUCCAGCGUUCUACCCAACGGUGACGAGACCUUCCAGAGACGAGACAGCGUGGAGAUUUUACGGAGUGACUUGUCUACCUACACCUGUGAAGUGAUCCAUCAGGCAUCCAAUGUACAUGUUGAGGAGGAGUGGGAUCAUAAACUUAACCCAAGCAACAACUCUGGACCAGCCAUUGGUGGGGCGAUUGUGGUCGUACUCGUGAUCGUCAUCGUGGUCGGUGUGCUGUUAGUCUUGUUUAAAAAAGGCAUAAUUGGGCCACGUACAUCUGGCAGCAGCAGUUCCAAUGGUCAUCAACCGCUUGCUGUAGUAGUUACUGCCUCCAGCGGUAACAAUGGCACAGUGUACCUACCUGUCCCCCAGGGAGCUAACGUGGGUACCAACGCUAAGAAAGACGACGUAAACGAUCCUCUCCUCAAGGGCUCAGAUGGCUCUCUCAACAGCAAAUCCUCUAGUACCUCUGGUGACUCUGGCGUCUCAGGAACUAACGGGGGUACCGACGCUAAGAAAGACAACGUAAACCAACCUCUCCUCGAGGGAUCAGAUGCUGGAUCUGUCAACAGCGGUGGCUCUGGUUCCGCUAGUAGCUCUGGUUCCUCUGGUGACUCUGGCGUCUCAGGCGGCGGACCCCCUAAACUGAGUCAAUAAGCCUCAUGGACAAUGAAGACGAUGAGCAGGUCCAAUCAGACUAAUAACUUGAGUUUGGGAUAAAUAAAAUAAAAAGGGGAAUUUGAAAAUCAACAAGUUCAUAUAAAAUCUCAAAAAAAUGCAUCAAGUGCCUCCAAAUAAAGGGUUUAUGGGACGGGGUGUAGUUUAUUUUAAAGAGUAAUGAAUUUCAAUAUUCAAACAGCAUCAAUGUGGUUUUGUGAUGAAGCAAUGAAAACAAAAUGAUCAGAUAAAAUAUAGUUAUAUCGUUUGUCUCAAGUGGCUAAAAGUUAGGGGAGCUUGUUUUGGAGUUAGUAGGUCGAGAUUCAGAAAAGUGUGACCUGUAAUAAAUGUCAUUAAUAUGAAUUCAGAAGCACCUUAAAGAGACUCCUGAAAGAUCUAAAGUAUGUUUGUAUAGAGACCUUUAAAGCCAAAGAUUUAAAACUAGAUCUGUGCAAGAAUGAAGGGGAUAUUAUUAAUAAAGGAGACAUUGGUGGAGAUGUUUAUACUUUGAUUUUUAAACAAAGUUAUUCUCAAAUCUCACUAGAAUUAGAAAAACCAGGGUUACAGCCGGCCUCCUAAGGGAGGGAACCUUUAAGGUAUAGGGCUGAAUAAAUGUAAAGUGUUAACUGCACGCAGGACAUAAAUAAAAAAUGAAAAUACAAAAAAAAGAAGAAAUAGCUAUAGAAAAUGAAAAUGUUAAAGUGCCAUUUUCAAGGACUACAUUGGUGCCUUUGCUUGAUUAAAUGUAUCUAAUACAAAUCAAAGAAUACUUCACAUUACUGCUGACACCGGCGUUUAAUUUCUGUCCUGAUCGUCAUUAGACUUCACUUUAUCUCGCCAUGGUGAACUUUCAGCAAAUUUAGAUUUCCUGCAGAUAAUCAAUUAUCAAUUUAUUGUUGUCUAACUCAAUCUGCACUUAUUACUACUCAAAGUACACUUAUCCUGUUUGUGGUUUAGGGUUAUGUAACUUGAGGCUGUUUCAAAGUCACCAGAAUGGUGGAAAUACUUA